AUGGGCUCGGGGGCUGGCUGUGGGUCAGCACCGCCCGCGUGGGAAUGCACUCGCGAAACCAUGAAUGUGCGCCACUUAUUUUUGUGCUUUUAUUUUCAGGCUCCUGCUUAUCAUCUCAUUUUGGAAGGAAUUCUAAUUCUAUGGAUAAUCAGACUUCUUUUCUCCAAGACAUACAAGCUCCAAGAGCGAUCUGAUCUAACACCUAAGGAAAAAGAAGAGUUGAUUGAAGAGUGGCAGCCAGAGCCUCUUGUACCUCCUGUACCAAAAGAUCACCCAGCUCUCAACUACAACAUUGUUUCAGGUCCUCCCACCCAUAUAAUCACUGUUAAUGGCAAGGAAUGUAUAAACUUUGCAUCAUUUAACUUUCUUGGACUUUUGGAUAAUGAAAAGGUUAAGAGUGCGGCCCAGGCAUCUCUGAAGAAAUACGGUGUUGGCACUUGUGGACCUAGAGGAUUCUAUGGUACUUUUGAUGUGCACUUAGAAUUAGAAGAACGACUGGCAAAAUUCAUGAGAACAGAGGAAGCUAUUAUAUACUCAUAUGGAUUUGCAACAAUUGCCAGUGCUAUUCCUGCAUAUUCGAAAAGAGGGGACAUUGUGUUUGUAGAUGAAGCUGCUUGCUUUGCUAUUCAGAAGGGAUUACAAGCAUCUCGUAGUAACAUCAAGUUAUUUAAGCAUAAUGAUAUGGCUGACCUUGAACGACUGUUGAAAGAACAAGAGACUGAAGACCAAAAGAAUCCUCGCAAGGCCCGUGUAACUCGAAGGUUUAUUGUAGUGGAAGGAUUAUAUAUGAACACAGGAGAUGUUUGCCCUCUUCCCGAAUUGAUAAAAUUGAAGUAUAAAUACAAAGUUAGAAUAUUUUUGGAGGAGAGCCUUUCCUUUGGAGUCCUUGGAGAACAUGGAAGAGGGAUUACUGAACACUUUGGAAUAAAUAUUGAUGAUAUAGAUCUUAUUAGUGCAAACAUGGAAAAUUCACUGGCUUCUAUUGGAGGAUUUUGCUGUGGAAGAUCUUUUAUUAUUGACCAUCAGCGAUUGUCUGGUCAAGGCUACUGCUUUUCUGCAUCCCUACCUCCUUUGUUAGCUGCUGCUGCUAUUGAGGCUCUGAAUAUUAUGGAAGAUAAUCCAGACAUUUUUCAGACUCUCCGGGCUAAAUGCAAACGAAUUCACAAAGCUUUACAGGGGAUUUCUGGCUUAAAAGUAGUGGGAGAAUCUUUUUCUCCAGCGUUACAUCUACAGUUGGAAGAGAGCUGUGGAUCUAGAGAAGAUGAUGUGAAGUCACUCAAGAGAGUUGUGGAUUAUUGCAUGAAUAGUGGUAUUGCAUUAACUCAGGCCCGCUAUCUGGAGAAAGAAGAAAAAUGUCUUCCUCCACCCAGUAUUCGAGUAGUGAUAACAGUGGAACAAACAGAACAAGAACUGGACAAAGCUGCAUCACUUCUUAAGGAAGCUGCCCAGUCUGUAUUGAAUUAG